AGGACCUGUAUCAGGGGGUGAUGGACAAGCUGAAGGGGCUCCAGCUGCAGCCGGGCUGGUCUGCAGUUGGGAAGACCAGGGAGGGCUAUGAGAGGCUGCGGAGGCAGGUGGAGCAGGAGGUGAUCCGACGUAGGUCUCUGGCCCAGCAGCUCAGGCAUCUCUUGGACAGUCAGCUCGGGGUCCUGAGGACAGAGCUGAUGGCCCAGCAGACGGUGCACAGGACCUUCGGGGCCCAUCUCAGGGAGUGUGUGAGGCUACUGGGCCAAGCAGUGGACAACACUGACCACCCUCUCUGGGAUGAACACCCACAACAUGUUGUUCAGAGGGUGGCGUCACUGACAUCCGAGAUGGCAGAGCAGGUGUCGGGGGAGUGCCAACGACAGGGGGCUUGGGCGACCCUGGGAGAGGGCACAGGGGCGAAACUUCUGUGUCCUGACACUGGCUCCGUCCUUAGCAAGGAGGACAUCAUAGCCCCUGACGGGUCAGUGCGUGCCUGUGGAGCGGUCCAAACAGACUCUGUCACAGGUCUCAUACUACCGAAACCCCACACCCACAUGCUCCUGGCCAGCGGGCACAGUAUGCCAGUGCCCCCUGACUUCUUCCUCCACCCUCAGACUGGCAGACUGCUGCCUGUAGCUGGCAACGUGGGCUAUGACCCAGCCAGCUCUAUCCUAGUCUUCACAACAGACUCAUGUACAGGGGAUAUGAGAAAGUGGGAGUUUCCCCUCCUGCCGUUUGUGCCAUACCCCCUCUCCCGCCAUUCAGCCCAGCCCGUGACGACCCAACUGAGAGGCCUCCGCCCUGGACAAAGACUGCUGCUAGGGAGACCCAUGUGUGACCCUGACACAGGCGUGCUGGUGCCCAUUUUAGCUGUGACCAUCCACCCUCAGACUGGGCUGGUGUACCCCCUGGGAGGUGUGCAUGUGUGUCCCCUCACCCGACUGCCCCAGCCCAUCCAGGUGGGCUCUCCCAUGUUGGACCCCAUGACAGGAAAUGUGGUGCUGAUUGCCGGAGUCAGUCUAGAUCCAAUAACAGGAGCGGUGCUUCCAGUAGGCGGCCUCCUCCUGGGUGAGUCCUUCAUCGAGCCCCUGAGCAGCAUGGUGGUUCGGGUGGGCGGCGGUAGCAUCCGGGCUGGGAAGCUGGUGCCUCAUGCCGGGGGGUUCCAGGCUCUACUGAACAGCCAGACUCUGGUUGCCCGUAUCCGCCUGGUGGAGCUUCUGCGUGGGCUCAGAGAGGACUGGGGCUCUGGGGAGAUGGGUUUGCUGGGUCUGCAGGCCCAGAGGAAGGAGACUGAGCUGGGACGGAUCCAGGCUGCAGCCAAGGAGUUGGAGCAGGCCUGGGGGAAAGGGCUACACUGUCACCUGCAGCUGCUGAGCCGGCUGGAGACCCUGCUGGACUGGGCCUGGGGCGUUGCCCAAGAUGGUGGCGUCCAAGGAGAAAUCCAUCUCCCUGGUGCUGAUCUGUCCCUGCCGGCACUGCCUGGGAUGGAGUAUCCUGAUCCACAGGGCUCUGGCCUAACGGUUCCCAUCCUGGGGGCUCAAAUGGACCCUGUGUCAGGACUCGCUGUCCCCCUGGCUGGAACCAUGGAGGACCCAGAUGGCAAAGGACUAGUUGCGAUUCGUUUUGGGGCCCUGACAGUGGACCCUGUAACAGGGGUGCUGGCACCUGUUGUGGGGGUUCGCCUGGAUGUGUCCAGACAGACUGUUGUGCCUGUUACUGCUUCAUACUGCCUGGCUCUGGGAGAUAAUACUGACAGUGUGCUGGUGGAGGCCCUGCGGAAGGAGUGGUGUCUGAGGAACAGGUACUGGAAAGAGGAGAAACAGAAGGAGGAGGAGCUGCUAGGGGAUCUGGAUGCAGCUCUGCAGCACUGUGUCCUCGUGGCCACUCAGGAGGACUCUGAGCAGGCCCACUGGGUGGACAACGAGAGGCAGCUGAGGGAGGCUACAGCGGAGCUUCAUGAGGCUGGCCAGUCAGAAGCCCAGAGGAGAGCAUCCCAGCUCUCAGACCUGUCUCUGCUCCUGCCUCCUCACGUUCUGCUCAUCCUCACUCAAGGUGAUGAUAAGGAGUGGGAGCAGCAGUGCUGCUGGCAGACAGAGCUGGUGGCUGGGCUGGACAGGGUGAACGUGUGCGUGGAGAAACUGCAGCAAGACCAGGAAAGUUGGACAGCACAGAGAGGAGAGCAGACGCCAUCAGUCCAUGUCAUGGAUGGGAAACUGAGACAGAGAGAAAUAUGGGAGCAGCUAAACUCCAGGCAGGCAGAACUAGAUGCUGCUCUUAUAGAGCUGCGUUGUGUCCGAGAACUCUGCCAACUCCGUGCAGAUACAGCGCAGUCUGUGUUAUCAGGUUCCUUCUGGUACAAGGAGUUUGGGCUGGCCAGGCUGAUGGUCCCCAGUAACCCUCUGAAGGUGGUGUCGUUGACCCAGCAGAAAGCUGUGCCUCUCCUGGAGCGACUCAUUCAGCUUCUGGAGGAGAACAAAGAGCCAAGUCUCUCCCCGAGCACCUACCGCCAGCGCAUCUCUGGUUUGUCAACAAAACAGACGUUUGGAUUGGAGACAUGUUCUCGUGCAUGGACAGAGUCCGUGCCUGUGGUUAAAGUGAGAGAUAUCUAUGAAGGAAUCUCCACCCAGUCUCUGAGAGACCCAAUGAAGGCUCAGCCUCAGGACCAGGAUUCGAAGGGCCCCAGUGUCCCCCAGCCCAGUCCUCCUCACUCACAGACAGCUCACAGAAAAGCUGCCAUCUCUGACAUACACUCACAAGAGGGCGAGCCUAUGAAAGAAUCUGUUCAGCAGUCACAUGUCUGUGUCCCCACACUGUCAGAGGGGGAGUGGGAUAAACUGCUGGAGCUCUCCCCACUCUUCCAGCUUCUAAAGCGUGUGGAAAGGAAGCUGAGGGGCCCAGCGCAAGACGCAGGACUUCUGAGGGGGGAGCUUGACGGCAGAGCGAGCUCUUUUAUUGACUAUCUGGAUGCACAGUGGGAGUGUGAAGGAGAGCUGCUCCUUCUUGACCCAGGUCUUCUUAAUCCCAGAGAGUUCCUGGUCUACCACCAUGGACUAUUCCUACUGCAAACACUGCACACUCUCGAACUGACUCCAGCAGUCUCACUCCAGAUAGCAACUAGUCUUCCAUCCAAUAACUACAAAUACAACGCCUUCCGGAAUUCCUUCUUUUAUCAGGAGGCUGAGAAGACAGUGUUUGUGCGUCGCCAGAGACUGCAGUCAGUGGGAGGAUUCUCUCUGCUCCUCUUGCACUGUCUGUCACAUGUCGCUGUUGGGGACAUGUGCGUCGACUCCAGUCCUACCUUCCAACGGGCUUUCUUCAAGCUGCUGCAAGCAUGUCUGGGUGAGCUAUUCGAGGCCCGACUAGAGAGUUCCUCAAUGGGUAUGGAAUGUGCUGCUCCACAGAGCUCCAUGCCAUGGGACUCCCACCCCACCUCCCUGCUGGAGGGGCUUCAGAGGCCCAGUCGGGGGCUCCUUUCACAGGAAGAGGUGGAGGGACUCCUGCAGAAGCACAGGGAGGAUUUGGUGUUCCUCCAUGUUGAAAGGCUGUUGAGAAAGAAGAGCUUGGGGCUCCGAACCAUGGAAGUGCGUCACAAAGCCCAGGAGGAAAAUACUGAUCAAGCUCAGUGAUUCUCCACCAGGGGGGCAUAUGACAUGAUUUAGGGGUCCCUGGAUUUUGGGAAAGCAUUUUAGUAAGCGUCGGAACGGAAAAUGUUGAGAGCCCCUCACAUACAGUACUUUUUACAAUUCAUGAUGGCUGAUCUGCUUGGGAAAUACACAGUUGUGUAUGGACUGGCAACUGAUGAAAGACCAAAACGUUCUCCUUGGGAGUGUGACGGAGAGGUUCUUCAUGCACACACACACACCUAUCCUUUUACAAUCUGUAUACAACCUGACCAUGACGUCACAAAAUACCUCAGACUGACAUCACUGCAACCAGGUUUGCCCACUGGGACUAGAAUGCUGGGAGGGUGGCGCAGGAGGUGUCCCUCAUACCUAUGUGUGUUGAGAUUAUUUUUUAGGAUCAUCAGUUGCUGUUGUCAGUUACAGGCACAAUCUGUGAUAUUUCCUGCUGUUCAAUGGUCAUGUCAAUGAAUACCCAUUGGUUCUUGAUGAAUAUAACUUUAAAAAUGCCUUAUGGAUUUAGUGCAACUGCAUUACUCUAUCAUAAUCCAAAAUAUAGGUUGCAAUGCUCCAUGUUUUAGCUUUUUUUUGUCAUCUUACUUUUUGUUAACAAUAAUUGUAUAAUUUAAAGAAAUGUGUAUGUUUAAAACUAUCAUAUCAAUCUUUUUGAUAACCCUUGUAUCCAUAGCUGAGUGUAUGAAUUUGACAGUGGUUGCAUUUCUUCAGUUCCACCUCCCUGCUUAAAUGGCGGCUGCUGCUGUUGGGCUGAAACAUUGUGGUAUUAAAAUCGAGAUUGUAGUAGAGGUUUUGAGUUUUAGAACAUUGGUAUACACAGUCUUGACACAGGACACUGUAAGAGGACAGAUAAGUCUUAAAACCUUUUCAAAAAUCCAAGACUGAUUUAUACACUUUAUGCAAUGAUCAGCCUGUACUUUUGAUGUAAACUGUUAUGCCUGUAUUGCUUGUAUCAACAUUUCUAUGUCUCAAAUGUGCUUGGAAAUAAAUAAACAAAGACUAU